AUGGCUGAAAUAAAAAUGGUGUUAGACAAGGAGUUUAAAAGUAUAAAAAUUAAUUAUCACUAGUUUUGAGGGAGCAUCUGAUGAUAUAAGUUGUGCAACUAAAACACUGCAUUCACAUUUAUAAUAAGAAUUAAGAGUGUAAAUAUUACUAGCAAAAAAUAACAUGUUAAUAAUAGAAAUUGAAACACUUGUGA